CAAAUGGCCAUGCACCGGCUGCAUACUGUUCAAGGAGUUGGAACAAUUCCGCACUGGCCAAAUCAUUAUGCUCCAGGAAUAAUAUCUUUUAACAAGUCCACAUCGCUAAAAGGAAUCGUUUGAACAAUUCUUCACUGGCCAAAUCAUGAUGCUCCAAUGAUUCCAGUGCUAAAUCCAGAUCCAGGAGCCAAUUAAGACAAACUCUCAUUCGGCAACACCUUAAUUUAAUUAGCAUUCAAGAAUUGUACUCAUAUGCACAUGCCGGCAUAUGCCUUUUUUCCGCUUCCAUACAAAUAGCUGCUUUAAUUAGCCACAUAACACAGACUCCAAUUCGACUUUUAAUUCACUUACUACCUCAGCACCUAGUAUGGCUUUCGUUCCCCUCCUCGGCCUUGUUAUCCUGUUGUUGAAUGUCAAUCCUGAGCUGACUCAUGCUGAUAACUUGCAAACUUACAUAAUCCAUGUGAGCCACCCCGAUGGCCAAAUUCUCUCGGAGGAUGAGGACAUUCAUUCUUGGUACCGGUCAUUUUUGCCUGAUAGCACAACCAUGGAAAACCAGCGGCGUAUGCUUUACGCUUACCAAAAUGUGAUGACUGGCUUUGCAGCGAGACUGAGUCCAGAGGAAGUAGCUGCCAUGCAAAAGAAGGAAGGAUUCGUGUCGGCUCAUUCCGAGAAAAUGUAUCACAUUCAAACAACACACAGUCCCCAGUUCUUAGGCUUACCACAGCAACAAGGAUCCUUGGCGGGCUUGAAUCUAGGAAAGGGAGUGAUUAUUGGUGUGCUGGAUGGUGGAAUUAUUCCCAAUCACCCUUCAUUUAGCGGUGCAGGAAUGCCGCCUCCACCAGCUAAAUGGAAAGGGAGGUGCGAAUUCAAACCGUCCCAAUGCAAUAACAAAUUAAUUGGCGCAAGGUCCUUUGACCUCUCAGCUAAGGGAAGUGGAAUUGCCCUUCCUACUGAUGAGGAUGGGCAUGGCACUCACACGGCUAGCACAGCUGCUGGCGCUUUUGUGUCUCAAGCCGAUGCACUUGGGAAUGCCAGAGGCACGGCAGUUGGCAUGGCUCCGGCUGCUCACCUAGCAAUCUAUAAAGUGUGCUUUGGAGAAGAUUGUCCUGAGGCAGACAUACUCGCCGCACUCGACGCCGCUGUUGCUGAUGGGGUUGAUGUCCUCUCGAUCUCAUUGGGCAGUCCUUCAGCUCCAUUUUUCAAUGACACCGUUGCCAUUGGUUCAUUUGCAGCCAUUCAGAAGGGGAUCUUCGUGAGCUGCGCGGCAGGGAAUUCCGGCCCUAUCCCAAGCACAUUGUCAAAUGACGCACCGUGGAUUCUCACUGUCGGAGCAAGCACCAUUGACAGGAACAUCAUAGCAACGGUGAAACUCGGAAAUGGAAUGGAAUACAUUGGCGAGUCACUAUUCCAACCCUACUUUCCUUCGACAUUGCUGCCUCUUGUGUAUGCCGGGAGGAACGGCAAUAACCAGUCGGCGCUCUGUGCCCCAGGAUCAUUGAAAGGCAUUGACGUAAAAGGGAAGGUAGUGUUGUGCGAAAGAGGGGUAGUGGGCAGAAUAGACAAAGGACAGGAAGUGAAAGAUGCUGGUGGGGUUGCCAUGAUUCUAAUGAACCAAGAAAUCGAUGCAUUCAGCACCUCUGUCGAUGCUCACGUCCUUCCUGCAUCCCAUGUCAGCUUUUCUUCUGGGAAAAAGAUCAAAUCGUACAUUAAUUCGACAAAAUACCCGACUGCUACGAUCGUGUUCAAAGGAACUGUGAUUGGGAACCCAACUGCUCCGGCCGUUUCUUCCUUCUCUUCAAGAGGCCCGAGCACAGUUAGUCCCGGAAUCCUGAAGCCGGACAUCAUUGGUCCUGGCGUCAGCAUACUAGCAGCGUGGCCAUUUCCUCUGAACAACUUUACGAAAUCUAAAUUCACCUUCAAUGUCAUCUCGGGAACUUCCAUGUCUUGUCCUCACCUUAGUGGUAUCGCCGCUUUGAUCAAGAGCACUUAUCCUUACUGGUCACCGGCAGCUGUUAAAUCUGCCAUCAUGACUACAGCUGACCAGCUAAACCUCAUGAAGAACCCCAUUCUGGACCAAACACUUAAACCUGCGGAUGUCUUUGCUACUGGUGCCGGCCACGUCAACCCUCUAAAGGCCCUUGAACCGGGCCUUAUCUACGAUAUCCAGCCAGAUGACUACAUACCUUACCUCUGUGGUCUUGGAUACAGCGACAAGGAAGUGGGAGUAAUCACUCAUAGGCCAAUACAAUGCUCUGGAAUGUCAAGCAUCCCCGAGGGACAGCUGAACUACCCUUCAUUUCAAGUUGCCCUCGGGCCUCCGCAGACAUUUACCAGAACCGUGACUAAUGUCGGGGCCGCAUAUUCCUCCUAUGACAUCACGGUGGUUCCCCCGCCAGGUGCGUAUGUCAGUGUGAAGCCUGCCAAGCUUUACUUCUCAAAAGUAGGCCAGAAUGCGACCUACUCGGUCACAUUCAGUCGUGCCAGUUCCACUUAUAAGGCUGGCGAUUUCACCCAAGGGCAUCUGAAGUGGGUUUCUGGAAAAUACUCGGUCAGGAGUCCAAUUUCUGUUAAAUUUGAGUAA